CUUACCAUGUAACCAAAAUGAUUCAUUGAUUUAAAAACCAUAUUUAACAAAAAUAAAAUCAACACAAUAUAAUUAAAAAGCUCAUCAACAGAAGAAGAAAGCAAUUUCUUUUGCUGAAAAAAAUCAUGCUUUUUAAAGCUCACCCAUAUAAUUCCCACUCAUUAUCUUUGUUGCUUAAAGCUCUUGCCCUUCCACCUCUCCCUUAUCUCCUCUCUCACUCUUCUAAACCCCAUCAAUUUCAAAGCAAAUUCCUUCCCUUACACAAAACAAAUAACUACACACACAUCCCUUCCUCUCUUAAAAACGAGAAAGACCCACCAUACAAAAACACAUACAAACACAAUCAUACUCAAAAACACAAAGACACACACCAACAAGUUUUAUUUCCUAUUUCCUCUUGAUGCGAUAAUGGAGGGAGGCGACGAUCUCCAGCACCACCAUCGUCAGAACAACUUCCCAUUCCAGCUACUUGAGAAGAAAGAAGACCAAGAAACCGCGUCAUGCUCCACCUCCUCCCCUUACCCUUCCCUAGCAAUCUCCGCGGAACCGAGCAUGUCCAAUUCCACCCGAUCCAACCAGCUCUCGGCGGCCGAGGCUUCGGCGGAGGCGGCGAACAGCAAAAAGCCUCCGCCGAAGCGCACCUCGACGAAGGACCGGCACACGAAGGUGGACGGGCGCGGGCGGCGCAUCCGAAUGCCUGCCCUCUGCGCCGCCCGCGUCUUCCAGCUGACCCGCGAGCUGGGCCACAAGUCGGACGGCGAAACCAUCGAGUGGCUCCUCCAGCAGGCGGAGCCCGCGGUGAUCGCCGCCACUGGCACCGGCACCAUCCCCGCCAACUUCACCUCCCUGAACAUCUCCCUCCGCAGCUCCGGCUCCUCCAUGUCCGUCCCCUCCCAGCUCCGGUCCUCCUACUUCAACCCCAACUUCUCCCUCCAACAACAACAACGUAGAACCUUCUUCCCCGGCAUAGCCCUUUCCUCCGAACACAACACCACCACCAACAACACAUCAACACUUGUCAAUUUCCAACAAUCCAACAACCUCACCACCACCAUGCUGCAGCAGCAGGCCAAGCCGGAGCUUCGCGACGGCCUACCAUCUUCCUUAGACAUUUCAGACACAAGAACAAACACAGAAGACCCAAGCCGCAAAAGAAGACCAACUACAGAACAACAAGACCUAUCCCCCACCACGCAGCAGCAGCACCACCAAAUGGGAAGCUAUCUCCUUCAAUCUAGUGCAGGCGCUAUUCCAGCGAGCCACGCCGCCAACAUAUGGAUGGUGGCGAAUUCAAACUCGAAUCAGGUCAUGAGUGGCGAUCCCAUGUGGACCUUCCCACCGGUUAACAACAGUGCUUUGUAUCGGGGCACCAUGUCCAGCGGCUUGCAUUUCAUGAAUUUUCCAACGCCCAUGGCGUUGUUGCCGAGUCAGCAACUAGGUUCUGCUGGGAAUAUUGGUGCUGUUCAUGGAGGAAGCAGUAAUAAUAAUAAUCACAAUAAUAAUAUGAAUGAAGCACAUUUGAGUAUGCUUGCAGGGCUUAGUCCUUAUCGACCUGUUAUUGGCGUUUCGGAAUCUCAGCCGAGUGGCUCGCAAUCGCAUCGUGGAGGUGCCGAUGAUCGACAUGAUAAUAGCUCCAGUCACCACUCCUAGAGAGGAUAUAUGCGUAUGCAUAUGUGAUGUGAUGAUGAUCACCGUAAAUUCUUCUUCUUCUUACUUGUGGUGUAGCGUGAUUGAUGAUGAAAGAUGAAGGAUGAAGGAUGUGUUUAACACACGUGAGGUUUGGUUGAUCUUCAAAAUUCAGUUUUAUUUAUUCCCAAAAUUAAUUUUUUGGCGUGAUUAAUAUAAGGAAGGAGGAGAGUUUUUUUAGGGUUUGGCAGAUGACACUAUUUAACAAUUGGGUAUUUGGCUGCCUGCUUCUUCUUUUUUUUUUUUGGGUAAAAAAUGUUUUCUUUGAGUUAUUUCACUACACGAUAUCUUAUCAUCAUUGUUUGUGCAAUUUUUCUUUUCUUUUUAAUUUUUAUUUUUUCUCCUCAUAGCCUUUUAAUUAAUUGCUUUGUAAUUUUAUGCUUUAUAUGUUAAAAGAGAAGAAAACGACUCGAUCACUUCCAUUCCAUGAACUUUGCUAAGUUUCCUACCUAACAGGCAUUUGGGUUGUUUUUCUUUUUUCUCCUUCUCUCUUUCUGGGCCACAGAGCUCGUGCGGUAAAAGGGAUGAAACAGUGUUACCACAAGACUAAUGUAAAAAAAAAGAAAAAGAAAUGGUUGUGUUGUGGUAGUGGUAUAGUAGUAGUAGUAAAAUUACAUUGCUUUUUGAUCAUUCUGAAGGAUUCUAAAUCUCUGCCAUGAAUCUCGAGGUUUACUGCAUCAAUGAUUAAGAUUUUUGAGAGAGAUGGGGGUGAUAGGACGGUGGGGUCAAAACCUUAUCGGUUCCAGGUGUUGGCUCAGGUGGUGGGGUCCGGCUGCUGGUUAUUGCCCAAACCAAUGUACAAUGUCACUGACAAACAGGUGGAUCAUUCUCCAUCUUCUGUUUUCUUUUUUCUUUUUUUUUUCUUUUUCUUUUAGCCCUUUUAAAUGGAGCAGUUGCUGGCAUCACAGAAAGAUCCAUGGUGAGUCUUAAUGACCCUACUGGGAUAUGCCCCACCAUUCCAUCAAUCAGGACCCUUCAUUUGUUGGGCCAUGCCAGUAUUCAAUGCAUGAUUGGGUCUCUGCCCACCAAAGAGAAAAACGUGGAAUCUCCAAGUUUCAUGCCCUUCCCCCUUCUUAAUUACUGUCUCUCUUCAAAACCCUUUUCCUUUUAAGACUACACUCUUACUACAUCAAAUUAAAUUGACAAGUAUUUUUUUUA